CGAGGCAGUUGAGCUCCGCGCCGGGGGCGGGAGGGGGCGGGGAGCGCGCCAGCCGUGGAGAGUGGGGGGCGAUGGCGAAGCUCAGGGUGGCUUACGAGUACACGGAAGCCGAAGACAAGAGCAUCCGGCUCGGCUUGUUCCUCAUCAUCUCCGGCGUCGUGUCGCUCUUCAUCUUCGGCUUCUGCUGGCUCAGUCCCGCCUUGCAGGAUCUGCAAGCCACGGCGGCCAACUGCACGGUGCUGUCGGUGCAGCAGAUCGGCGAGCUGUUCGAGUGCACCUUCACCUGUGGCACCGACUGCAGGGGCACCUCGCAGUACCCCUGCGUCCAGGUAUACGUGAACAACUCCGAGUCCAACUCCAGGGCGCUGCUACACAGCGACCAGCACCAGCUCCUGACCAACCCCAAGUGCUCCUAUAUCCCGCCCUGUACGAGAGAAAACCAGAAGAAUUUGGAAAGUGUCAUGAACUGGCAACAGUACUGGAAAGAUGAGAUCGGCUCCCAGCCAUUUACCUGCUAUUUUAACCAACAGCAAAGACCAGAGGACGUUCUCCUACGCCGCACGCAUGAUGACAUCGUCCUCCUGCACUGCUUCCUCUGGCCAGUGGUGACAUUUGUGGUGGGCGUGCUCAUUGUGGUCCUGACCAUUUGUGCCAAGAGCCUGGCGGUCAAGGCAGAAGCCAUGAAGAAGCGCAAGUUCUCCUAACGGGGACGAGGAUUGUGGGAAGCCAUGCCCAGAGGCUGUCCCAUCAGGUCAGCGCUCGCCUGCCCCGCAGAGCCCACAUUUGGUGGCACAGGAGAUGGAAGGGGCUGCAGCAGGCCUCCGCGAGGCCCCUUCUUCAGUGGUGGCAGAAACAGGCACAGCAGGAAGAGUCGGGAACUUAUCACCUGUAUCCCCCGUGCUGUAGCAGUGGCUAAAGGGUCAAGCUCUUAGCUAUAUGGAGUGACUGUUUGGAAAACCCUCUAAGAAGUUGGUUUUCUUUGGAAAGUACAGUUAUCUUAUUUGUAUAGUGUAGCAUACAAACCAUUAUGAUUUAUGCUUCUUACAGAUAUUAAAAUGCAGUGCUCUGUGGUUUUUUCUAUUUUCUUUUUUUUUUUUUACACUUAGAUCACCAGGGUGUUAAAACAAGGGUCUAAUGGUUUUCACUUGACUCUGCUAGGUGAAUCUGCAGAACCAUUGACCUUACUCCACGACUACCAGUUUCCUUGAGUAAAUAGUACCUUGACUCCUACUUGAAAAAGGAAUUCUAUGGUGGUAACUCGGCCUCUGGCCACUGUGUUUCUUUUCCUUUGAGGACUGAGGAAGGAUCCUCCACUGCCAGCCUGUGCAUGGCUGUUAUUUCCAGCCAGAUGACUUUGUGAGAGAGGGACCUGAUUCUGAAGAAGGCUUUUCCAAGCUCUGGGGACACAGAGUUCUCAUUCAUCUCUUCAUGCAAUUUAUUCAUUUAUUUGAAGUGCUAGGAAUCCAAACAAGGGCGUUGCACAUGUUAGACAAUCUCCAGACCAUUGAGCCAUAUCCCCAGCCUCAUUGUUCAUUUUUUUUUCCUUUUGGCAGUAGACUAUACAUGACAUGAAGAACACUCUUCAGUUUAGAGUCAAGUGCCGUUUUCCUUCUUUUUUUUUUUUUCUUUUAGGACUUUAAACAAAGUCCAUUCAAGCAUCUCAUUUUCCUUGCCCUGCUGUUGUUCAGUUUGCUCAGACAGAGCUGGGGAUGCAGCCUGGCUCACCCCACUGCUGCUGGGCUUUCGGUACCUUCAAAAGUACAUCAAAGCCCGGCAUGAGGGCACACAUGGAUUUCUUUCUAUGUGCAAGGUCUAUAUAGUGAGUUCCAGGACAGCUAGAGGUACAUGGUGACACUCUGUCUCAUAAAAAAAAGUGCACCGGAAAACCCAUCACCUUUGCAUCUGUUCAUACACUCGAAUUCCAAACACCAAUUGUGAGUCUCAGCAGAUUUCAGAUCUGCCCUAUUUAUCGCCCAGAAUCGAGCCUUCCUUCAGAUGUGAUGAUGCACACUUCCAGCUUAGCGGCAGGUCUCACCCUGCAGACACGCUGCCCUCAGGAUAAGGCAGGAAUUUAAGGACAGGCUCACCUCGGUUAUUUCCACAGGGUUUUGUCCAGUAAGUGAACGGAUGGCAGUGCACUCCUCACUGACCUCUUACCUUCUGAGUGGAAGCUGUCAAGGGUACCCGAUGCUCUGGAAGAACGCUGGAAGAAUACAAUCUUUUUUUUUUUUUCUAAUUCAGGUGUUACAGGUUUCACUGUGAAUAAGGCCUGAGAUACACUAUUUAUGACAUCCUUUGAGGCUGCUUCCGUGCCUUGACUUCAGUCCCAGUUUUCUGUUGCAGUGUCCCUGUUGUCUUAGCAACACAGAACUAUUCUAAAGCACCGGGUAAGGCGAAACCAGGAAUCAGAAAAAUCAUCAUCUUGGCAUCACACCGAGGGAGACGAAGUCUGUUUUAUCCUCAUCCAAUUAUCUAUGAUUAACUGAUGAUAGAGAACACGUAAACCUUAAGAGCCCAUGGGCAUAUGUCUGUGUUGGAAUAAAAGGAAAUCUACAUGUUAA